ACCCGGGAUAAAACUGCUUAUUUAUAGACUUUAUUGACUACGGUUGAAUCAGGAUGCCGGUGGAGAGCGGGAGCAGCGCCGCUGCCCGCCAGGCCAAGCAGAAGAGGAAGUCCCACAGCUUGUCCAUCCGCAGGACCAACAGCACCGAGCAGGAGCGAUCCGGCCUGGGGAGAGACAUGCUGGAGGGACAGGACUCCAAACUGCCUCUGUCUCUGAGGAGCAAUCUGCUGGACCUGUUCAGCCAGAUCGAGCGAGAGUUCGAGAACCUCUACAUCGAAAACCUGGAACUUCGCAGAGAAAUCGAGACACUGAACGAUCGUUUGACUGGAGACGGACAAAACUUCGAAGGAGCCGAUUUAGCCAAAGGAGCUCUUAAAACUAAAGCGAGUCACAGCACCAGCCAGCUGUCACAAAAACUAAAGACAACCUACAAGGCUUCUACAGCAAGGCGUUCAAAUUCUUGCCAUGCCAGAGUAGGUGGAUCCCGCAACUUCAGCAAAACCGGUUGGGAGUUGUGGGGCGGAGACUCAUGGAUUGUGUCCAGUUUCAAAGCGACUACGUCCAGAGCCGUGUGCCAGCUGGUGAAGGAGUAUGUGGGACACAGAGACGGCAUCUGGGACCUGAGCGUCACCAGGACGCAGCCGGUGGUGCUCGGCACCGCGUCCGCAGAUCACACCGCCAUGCUGUGGAGCAUCGAGACGGGGAAGUGCCUCCUCAAAUAUCUGGGCCAUCAAGGAUCAGUCAACUCCAUCAAGUUUCACCCCACUGAACAGAUGGCACUAACAGCCUCUGGAGACCAGACGGCUCACAUCUGGAGAUACAUGGUGCAGCUGCCGACCCCGCAGCCCGUCGCAGACAUCAGCAUUCCCUGCGAGGACGACGUGGACUUCUCGGACAAAGACGAGGCGGACGGCGAGGUGGACGGUCCGAACGACUGCCCUUCAGUCCGCGUGGCGAGCACCACACUGCGCAGCCAUCAGGGCGUGGUGAUCGCUGCUGAUUGGCUGGUGGGGGGCAAACAGGUGGUGACGGCUUCCUGGGACCGAGCCGCAAACCUGUACGACGUGGAAACCUCCGAACUGGUUCACUCACUCACCGGUCAUGACCAGGAACUGACCCACUGCUGCACUCAUCCCACCCAGCGUCUGGUCGUCACCUCGUCCAGAGACACGACCUUCAGACUCUGGGACUUCAGAGACCCGUCCAUCCACUCUGUCAACGUGUUCCAGGGACACACUGACACGGUGACGUCUGCUGUGUUCACGGUGGGAGACAACGUGGUGUCUGGCAGCGACGAUCGCACCGUCAAAGUGUGGGACCUGAAGAACAUGCGGUCGCCCAUAGCAACCAUCCGCACCGACUCCGCCGUCAACAGGAUCAGCGUCUCGGUGAACCAGAAGAUCAUCGCUCUUCCUCACGACAAUCGGCAGGUCCGGCUGUUCGACAUGUCCGGAGUCCGACUGGCUCGACUCCCACGGAGCAACAGACAGGGUCACCGGCGCAUGGUGUGCUGCUCCGCCUGGUGUGAAGACAACAACUCCUGCAACCUGUUCACCUGCGGCUUCGACCGGCAGGCCAUCGGCUGGAACAUCAACAUCCCGGCGCUGCUGCAGGAGAAAUGACCUCCGCCCCGCUAACCCUGACGCUCCACCCUAAAGUCUGUCCUCCUCCGCAGCGUCAAACACUCCGUCGUCGGGCUGGAGGCUUUUUUUUUA